AUGGGCAAAAAGAUCGAGUGCUAUCUUGACUGUGUUUCACCGUACAGUUUCUAUGCUUUCUCCUAUUUACAGAUGAAUGCAGCUGCACUGGCGGAUCUGGGUGUCGAUAUCGAGUACAUUCCCGUCUUCUUAGGCGGCAUUAACGUGGGCAGCGGAAACAAACCCCCAUGGACCCUACCUGCGAAAGCUGCUUAUUCCAAGUUCGACGGCCAGCGAGCCCAGAAAUACUUUGGACAUAACUUCGAAGUACCAUCAUUCUUCCCGAUUCUCUCGCUUUUGCCCCAACGCGCCCUCACCUACAUCAAGCAAGCCCACCCCAAGGAGAAACUCGAAUCAGCAUUCCAAUGCUGCUUCGACACGAUGUGGAACGGCCAUCUCGACAUCUCCAAACCCGAAAACCUCGCCACGGCCCUGUCGAAGACAUUCUCCUCGACCUCGGACGUUGAAGCCAUUCUGUCCGCCGCCGCGAGUCCCGCGAUCAAGGCGGAGUUGGCGGCGACGACGGAGCGUGUCGUAAAGGAGCAGGGCGCGUUCGGGUGUCCGUGGUUUUGGGUGGUGAAUGGGGAAGGAAAGGGGGAGCCGUUCUUUGGGAGUGAUCGGUUUCAUUAUAUGUGGGAUUUUUUGGACCUGCCGUUUCAGGAUUUGAAGUUGAGGGCGAGUAUUUAA